GCUGUAUAUUGACAUGGCAACCAGGCGACAGAGCCACCAAGUUGUUUUUACUCCAUAUUAGUUUUUUGCCGUCUCGUCUGCGUGUAAACGUCUUAGCUUUACUUUCGACCGCUGCCAUGAAUGGGGCAGUGGUAAAGAAGACCCAGGACACGCUGGGCAAAGUGAUAAAGAAGCCGCCUCUCACUGAGAAACUGCUUAGCAAGCCGCCGUUUCGAUACCUUCAUGAUAUCUUCAGUGAGAUCAUCAGGACCACAGGUUUUUUGAAAGGCCUGUAUGAGGAAAAUGACAUGAAGUCAGAUAACGUUAAGGAUAAGGACUCUAAAAUAGUCUUCCUCCAGAAGGCAAUAGAUGUCGUGAUGCUGGUAAGCGGUGAGCCCCUGGCGGCAAAGCCAGCACGCAUUGUGGCUGGCCAUGAGCCCGAGAAAACCAAUGAGCUGCUGCAGGCCAUUGCCAAGUGCUGCAUCAACAAGAUGUCCAGUGAUGAUGCAGUAAAGCGAGUGCUUGCUGGAGAAAAAGUGGACAUAAAGACCAAGGCCAGCACCUCCAGGUCCCAGGACAAGGAAAACAGGGAGGGACGUGAACGUCAUCUGGAUAGAGAGGAGAAGAAAAAGAUUACAGAGCGCAGCGGGAGCCGGGACCAGAAGGACCCAGACCAGCCCAAAGAACAGGAGAGUCGACGCAGAGAUGGGGAGAAAGAGCACCAACGCGACAGGGAGCGCUCUGACAAGCACCACCGCAGUGAACAGGACCACCACGCCAAAGACCGCGACAAGGACAAGAGCCGUGACCGGGAUCGAGACAAGGAUAAAGACAAAGGACGAGUCAAAGACAGGGACAAGGAGAAAGACAGAGAGAGGGAUCGAGAAAGGGAAAAAGACAGGGAGAGGGACAAAGGCAGAGAGAAGACGAGAGAUAGGGAUUCUCACAGAGACAAAGACAAACGAAGAGACAGAGACAAAGACCGGGAGAAAGAGAGAGAGCGACACAAAGAGGGGGAAGAGAGGAAAAAAAGUGGAGACAGCAAGGCCAGAGUAUCAGAGGAGCCACAGCAGAAACCCAGCCCUGAGCCCAGCAAAACAGCCAAAUCCAUGCCAGUAGAACCAGAUGAUGAGACUGCAGAAGCAGUUGAGAACCAGCCUGAUAGUCCAGCUAGAAUACCCAGGCCCUCAUCUGCCAAAGGGCAGAGGCGGAGACCCAAGAUUGGAGGUCAAGAUGAAUCUGACAGUGAGGGAGACGGAGAUGCUCUGUUGGCCCAGAGACCUGUUCCCCUGGAAAAUGGAGAUGCUGCAGGCUCCUCAGCACCAUCCGACAUGGCCUCCAGCAACAGGCGAAUACCACGGCCCAGCAGUGCUCGUCCAGCACCUCCCCGAGUCAAGAAGCAGGAGAGUUACUCUGAUGUGACCCCAGCUGAGAGGCUGUCCAGUGCCAAGCCCUCAGCACCAGUCAUCAUGGAUGGAAAGAGGCUGUCGGAGGAUGAGGAGGAUGAAGAUGAGCAAUUUCUUGUGGAGGAGGCAGUACCUCCACCUUCAGAUGCUCCUGAGAUGGAGGUGAUGCCUGCACAAGAACUCGACAGUGAAGACAAACAUGGUGGCCUUGUGAAAAAGAUCCUUGAGACCAAGAAAGACUAUGAACUGUCCCCAUCUGCCCCCAAAUCUAAAGAACAGAAUGUGGUGUCUGAAGCAGCGCGGAAGAAAGAGCGGGACAUGGUGACGCGGGAGAUAGAGCGGCUCCGCUCAUCCAUCCAGACAGUGUGCCGUAGCACGCUGCCUUUGGGGAAGAUCAUGGACUACAUACAGGAGGACAUGGACGCCAUGCAGGCUGAACUGCACACCUGGCGGCGGGAGAACAAAGAGCACGCACAGGCCUUGCUGCAGGAGCAGAGGGCAACGGACAGAGCAGUGGAGCCUCUCAAGUCAGAACUAGCCGAGCUGGAGCAGCUGAUCAAGGACCAGCAGGACAAGAUCUGUGCUGUAAAGUCCAACAUACUGAAGAAUGAAGAGAAGAUCCAGAAGAUGGUGACUGGAGUCAACUUCUCCUCCAGAGCCUGAAGUGAGCAACAAGAUCUAUAGAGGAAAACUGAAAAUGCACUGAAGAUUUAGGGAUGAACAGUGUCUCAUUCUGAAUAAUGGUAAGACCAUUUUUUGCUGGAGAUGAUGAGGGGCGGGACCAAACACUGCACUUUUAGGGAUUUCGUCAGCAAAGGAGAUGGACCCAAACAUAUCAGACACCAUCAGUCAGAUAUUGGUAAAUAAAAGCUCUAUUUGAUGGUUUGGAGGUCUGACUAACAUCUGCUUUGACUGACAGAUGAAUGAAUUAAUAAAUAAAAAAUAUCUUCCUGUUGUGCACACUAACAGAACCCAUUCGUUUACCCCUUUUCUGUAAUGGUGCCUUUGUGGAAUGGGCCAGUGCACAGGUGAUGACUUGAAAGUUAGAUUAGGUAGUUGUAUUUAAUGCAGGGUGAGUUCAUCUAAAGCCCUAUAUAUUCCAAACUGAACAACAAGACAUGGUAGUUUGAUUUGCUGAACGCUUAAACCUGUACUCUUUUUUUUUAAUUAGUAAAAAAAAAAGUGAAAGUUUAUUUAAAGUGUGGCACAUUUUGUUGCCAUUGCCUCACUUCUUAUUUUUCCUGGCUGAGAGGACUUUGGACUGAUGCACUGCAGCGUAGGGGACGUGCAGCUGUAUUGGACUAGUAAGCAAGAUUGUUAUAAUAAUUACAUCUGCUAUAGUGGUGUCGGACUAGCUGCACAACAGUAAUUAAAUAUUCUUGUGUCACACUCAACUGGCUGAUCACAGGAGUAAAGUUUCUAGUGCUUGCAUGCAGAAAUCUAGGGCUUAUGUCCUGAUGAUCUGUUUUUACAUGUCAUACAGAUUUUUUCGUUUUCUUCUAAACCUUUUUCUUCAAGCUUCCUCCCUCAAUCUACGCUCCCUGAAAAAUAGAUUUAUACUGUUUUCAGCAACCUUUUCCUGUGCUUACAACAACUGUAUCCCAUCUUGUAAAAACCAAGACACGCGCAAUAUCUGUAUGUUAGUUCACUGCUCCACUUUUGAAGCACUGCUGCACUUUCAUAGAGUGAUAAGGGGAGGUGUACCUUCAAGUUGCUUGGAAAAAGCUUUUAACUUUUUGGAAAGAAAGAAAGCAGUGUUGAAAUUCUUUCUUUUAUUUCUUAGAAGACAGGUUAUCUUAUAAAACUUUACCCAGGCACACCCACGUAAUGUACUUUCAGGGAAACAUAAGCGUAUAUCCAUUAUUUCUGCAGUGAGCAAAAGGGACAGCCACCAUCAUGGAGGUCACUCCACUCUGUUUGUACUGUAGGGUUUGCCAAAUUGCUUCUUUUUUUGGGGUGGGGGGGGGGGGGACAGAACAGAACAAAAAACAAACUUUUUGUGUGAACUUUCAAUUCUUUAUAAAUUGAAAAAAAUGGUAUAGUAACAUUUUUCCUAGCCCCUUUUGAGACUUAGAGAAUUGUGCUUUACAGAUGUAGCUACUAUGAGAUAUGAAGCAAUACUAGAUAGUAGAGAUGUGAGACUCAAAGUAACCACUGUCCCAGUUUUCCUCAAAAUUCCAAUAAUGCCAUCCAUAUGUGAAUAAAAUACAGUAAAACAAAACAAGCAGACAAGUCAGCCAUGGUUCCACAGUGGCCUAUCUCACUCUGAAUGAAAAUGCAGUUAUCAUAUUUAAGUAAUAGCACCAAUGUAAGUUUACAUUGUCGUGUCUACUUGUACAUGUGCAGUUGCUACCUCUGUUAGUUUUACUGCAGAUAUAGACUGCCGGUGUUUACAGGAAGUUAUAUUAAAAAAUGAAAAAAACUAUGACAUUCUGGUUGAUGAAUGUAAUCCAUAUUUUCAAAAAUGUGUUUUUAUAAUGUCCAGUUGUACAAAACUAUUUUUCCUGGAUGUGAAUGUGAUGACCAUACAUACUAUAGUUAGACUCUCUUCUCUCUGCACUUCCACUGCCUUGUCAGAGCCAGUGGUUACCAAUAUGACAGGUGGCACAACAUUUCAAUACAGCUAUAAACUGUUGGGCUAGUAGAACAGACAGCCAGUAGUGCCAGUGGGCAGAAUGUAGAGCUUCUGAUUGGUUUGUUUGGACUGUUCAUGGGCAUCAACGGCCACAGGAAAGAAAAGGCAAAUUACACUGAUAGAUCUUUACAAAUGGGGCACAGUGUUUCAGUGGGGAAUAUCUGCAUUAAUGCUGUUCAUUUGACUGAUGUGUUUGAGAGCAGCAGUUAAAAUGUACUCUCAUUUAGUCUGACUUACUCUAUUUUUAUAUCAGUAUUAUAUUAAGUCCAUUAAAUAUAAUGUAACCCGUUGAAAAGUCAAAUUUAAAUGAAAUCAUUCAAACAAAAGGAGAACCUGCAUGAUCAUACGUCUGAUAUGUCUUAUAUGAAAGGACAGUGUACACUGUAAACUAUUUGUAUCAUAUCCUGAGUUUCUCUUUAAACUGUAUAUUAUGUAUAUGUGAAGAAUGUAUCAUAGUUCAAAUAAUUCUAUACUUUUGUAGUGGAGUGAAUAAAUGGUGACAUUGCAAUAAA